AGCAACCUAUUACUGAUUCAUGCAUGUUGACAAAGAUCUUAUAUAUUGGACAAAGUAAUAAAUCACAACUUGAGCAUCUUUUUAGAGGCUAUGUGAAACUCAAAUAUCUUAUAAAUGAACAACGAUUACAGCUUAAAAAUAUCCUUAAAAAGUUGAAUAAUGCUGGGGAAAUAUAUAAUUCUGUUGAAAUUAAAAGUAAAGGGAAAAAGAAAGCAAUUAGACAACUUUUAUCCGAAUUAUUUCAUGAGCAUAAGCAAAUAAGCGACGAAAAGAUAAAAAAGCAGCUCAAAGAUAAGUUGAAAAAUGACAAAGAUUGUGCUGAGCAAUUACAAUAUUUGAAAGAAAAGAAAUUUUCAUUCGAUAAGUUGUGGAAUGAAAAUUUUUAUUCAGAUAUACUAUCAGCCAAUCAUGUUAAGAAAGGGUACUAUGUUCGUCAAAUUAAAGAAGGUCUCUGGGAGGACUCCAAGAAAGUUUAUGAAGAAUUAUACAAUCCAAGUGAUCCAAAUAACCCAAAUUCAGAUACUUUUCUUGCUUUAAUUAUCAAAUAUGCUUUUAUAUCUGAAGAUGAACUUGGAUCUUUAGAUUCAAUAGAUGUUGACAAUCAUUACGAAAACUUGCCUGACUCUGACUCUGAAAGCCAUCUAAGUAAUAACAGCAUUGAAGACAAUGAUAGUAAUAAUAAUUAUGAUCCAGUCUUUAAAAAUAACAAUCGUA